GCAAAGCACUGAAAUAUGAGGGAUGAAAACCGUCCCAUUACUGUCGCACGGCUCAAGGCUAAGCUGUUAAUUAUAUUCAAAAAUAUAUUUUAUAUAUGUUCUAUGGAUAUCGAGGGUGAUAUAGUGUAUUUAAUUAAAUUCUCUUUUUUCUACUGUCAUUCUCACAGAUUCCUGUACACCGAGGAAUGGUAAACAGAUUGAUGAAGUCAAGCCAUGUUCCUUGCUAGAAUUUGUCAAGCAAUGGUAUGCAUCAUGCUGACUUUAGGCGAUUUACUGUUGGCUUGAACAUAUAAAUAGACAUGAAUUUUUUUUCAUGAGUUACUGAACCAUUCAUUAGAAUGGCUCCUCAACCUGAAGGUGCAUGGCCAAUUCUUGUCCACCUCCACGUAUUGGGUGGCAGUAAUCAGCUUCUUUACCGAACACUUGGAGCAGUGGCUGAUAAGCAUGGGCCUGCAUUUACAAUAAGCCUAGGCAGUCGCCAUGCUUUUGUGGUUAGUAGCUGGGAAGUGGUAAAACAAUGCUUCACAAUUAAUGAUAAGGCACUAGCUUCACGUCCUACUACAGUAGCUACAAAGCACAUGGGUUACAAUUAUGCUGUGUUUGGGUUUGCACCUUACUGCCCCUUCUGGCGUGAGAUGGGAAAAAUUGCAACACUUGAACUUCUCUCAAACCGCAGGCUUGAGAUGCUCAAGCAUGAUCGCAUUUCUGAAGUUGACAUGGGGAUAAGAGAACUAGACAGUUUAAGUUAUAACAAUGGUUCCAGUCUUGUGCUUGUUGAACUUAAACAGUGGUUUAAUAUAGUUGUUCGAAUGGUGACUGGAAAAUGUUAUUUUGGUGCUUCUGCUGCCUGUGAUGAUAGCGAGGCAAGAAAUUGUCAAAAGGCAAUAAGUCAGUUCUUUCAUUUAAUUGGUCUUUUUGUUGUUUCAGAUGCACUUCCACUCCUUUGGUGGUUAGAUAUGCAGGGGCAUGAAAAGGCAAUGAAAAAGACGGCCAAGGAGUUGGAUGGUGUACUUGAGGGCUGGCUAAAGGAGCAUCGAGAUAGAAGGAUUUCUGGUGGAAUCAAGGCUGAAGGGGAGCAGUACUUCAUUGAUGUAAUGUUGUCUCUUCAGGAGGAAGGUCACCUCUCAAAUUUUCAGUAUGAUGCAGAUACGAGUAUCAAGUCUACCUGUCUGGCACAUAUCAUUGGUGGCAGUGACACGACGUCAGGGACACUGACAUGGGCCUUUUCUUUACUUCUGAAUAAUCGUGAGAUGUUGGAGAAGGCUCAAGAGGAAUUAGACCUCCAGGUUGGCCGGGAAAGGCCAGUUGAUGAGUCAGAUAUUAAAAAUCUUGUGUAUCUUCAAGCUAUCAUCAAAGAAACCCUGCGCCUUUAUCCAGCUGGUCCUCUACUGGGACCCUGGGAAGCUAUGAACGACUGCACUGUUGCUGGCUAUCAUGUCCCAGCUGGGGUAGUCGUAAAUGUGUGGAAAAUUCAAAGAGAUCCAAGAGUAUGGUCAAAUCCAUCUGCAUUUUUACCAGGGAGAUUUCUCACAAGCCAUGCCGGUGUUGAUGUUAGAGGUCAACAAUUUGAACUCAUUCCAUUUGGCUCAGGAAGACGUUCAUGCCCUGGUGCAUCAUUUGCUCUCCAACAACUUCAUCUGACACUUGCUCGUUUUCUUCAUGCAUUUGAACUGAAAACUUCUAUGGAUCAACCUGUUAACAUGACUGAGAGCCUAGGUUUAUGUUGCGCCUGAAGCAAUAAUCACAACAAUACUGAAGCAAUAGACAACAAU